GUAGUUGCUUUGUAUGUUAUGCAGGUCCACUCAUGGUGAUUGUGGAAUACUGCAAGUUUGGAAACCUCUCAGCAUACCUACGGAGCAAGAGGGGUGAAUUUGUCCCAUACAAGACUAAAAGUGCCAGGUUUCGGCAAGGUAAGGAGAACUACGUUGGAGACAUCUCCACAGACCUGAAGCAACGGUUGGACAGCAUCACAAGCAGCCAGAGCUCCACAAGCUCCGGGUUUGUGGAAGAGCGAUCCCUGAGCGAUGUGGAAGAAGAGGAUGCUGGUUCUGAAGACCUUUGCAAGAACCCUUUGACCAUGGAGGACCUCAUCUGUUAUAGCUUCCAGGUGGCGAGAGGAAUGGAGUUCUUGGCUUCACGCAAAUGCAUCCACAGGGACCUGGCUGCUCGUAAUAUCCUCUUGUCAGACAAUAACGUGGUCAAAAUCUGUGAUUUUGGCUUGGCUCGGGACAUCUACAAAGACCCAGAUUACGUCAGAAAAGGAGAUGCUAGGCUACCACUAAAAUGGAUGGCACCAGAAACCAUUUUUGACAGAGUGUAUACCAUUCAGAGUGAUGUGUGGUCAUUUGGAGUUCUGCUGUGGGAAAUAUUUUCAUUAGGUGCAUCACCAUACCCUGGAGUGAAAAUUGAUGAGGAAUUUUGCAGAAGACUGAAGGAAGGAACAAGAAUGAGAGCACCAGACUAUACAACACCGGAAAUGUACCAAACUAUGCUGGAUUGCUGGCACGGAGAUCCUAAGCAGAGACCAACUUUUUCAGAGCUGGUGGAGCACCUGGGGAAUUUACUGCAAGCCAACGUCCGUCAGGAUGGUAAAGACUACGUUGUCCUUCCUUUGUCAGUAUCACUGAAUAUGGAAGAGGAUUCGGGCCUCUCUCUCCCAACUUCACCUGCUUCCUGUAAGGAGGAAGAGGAAGUCUGUGAUCCUAAAUUCCAUUAUGACAACACAGCAGGAAUUAGGUAUUUUAUAUGAUCGACAUCCUACUGGGCCUUGGGGCAGUUUUUGUUCAUGCUGGGGGCAGGGAAAAUGAAAGGAAGAGACUUCAGCUGCUCUGGUCCAUAUUUAACCUCCUCUAUAGGGAUAUAAAUGAAUCUGUAGAGUUUCAGGAGGCAAAAACUAGUUUCUUACUUCCCCCAAAUGCAAAUGGUAGCCUUUAGAUUUCAUUCUCAUUCUCAUUCA